CCUUUUCACGCGUAUAAAACUUUGCAGAAGAGUUUGCCGACCUGCACGUCCUGUCAGUCCUCCUGGAGGAGAGCGAGGUCCCAGAGAGGGAGAGAGAGAUUGAAGCGAGGGGCUCGCACGCGACACAAAAGUGGUGCCUCCACUCGACUACACAACCUUCCGGCAUGGACAACGCGCACAUGAAAGAGUCCCAGGAUGUUCUGUCCUACUUUGGCAUCGCCGAGGACACGGGCCUCUCGCCCGAGCAGUUCAAGAAGAACCUGGACAAGUAUGGCUACAACGAGCUGCCAGCGGAGGAAGGAAAGACCAUCUGGGAGUUGGUCGCGGAACAGUUUGAGGACCUGCUUGUCCGAAUCUUACUGCUGGCCGCCUGCAUCUCUUUUGUGCUGGCCUGGUUCGAAGAAGGUGAAGAAACUGUCACAGCCUUUGUUGAGCCUUUUGUCAUCCUCCUCAUCCUCAUCGCCAAUGCUGUGGUGGGAGUGUGGCAGGAGCGCAACGCCGAGAGCGCCAUCGAGGCCCUGAAGGAGUAUGAGCCGGAGAUGGGCAAAGUGUACCGGUCGGACAGGAAGAGCGUGCAGAGGAUCAAGGCCAGGGAGAUAGUUCCUGGCGACGUGGUGGAGGUGUCUGUCGGCGACAAAGUACCAGCAGACAUCAGGAUCAUCUCCAUCAAGUCAACAACUCUGCGUGUGGACCAGUCCAUUCUCACCGGUGAGUCGGUCAGUGUCAUCAAGCACACCGACGCCGUCCCGGACCCCCGAGCUGUCAACCAGGACAAGAAGAACAUGCUGUUCUCCGGCACCAACAUCGCUGCCGGCAAGGCCACCGGCAUCGCCGUGGCAACGGGCGUCUCCACCGAGAUCGGCAAGAUCCGGGACCAGAUGGCCGCCACCGAGCAGGAGAAGACUCCCCUGCAGCAGAAACUGGACGAGUUUGGGGAGCAGCUGUCCAAGGUCAUCUCCCUCAUCUGCGUGGCCGUUUGGAUCAUCAACAUCGGCCAUUUCAACGACCCGGUCCACGGGGGCUCCUGGUUCCGCGGCGCUAUUUACUAUUUCAAGAUCGCGGUGGCUCUGGCUGUGGCCGCCAUCCCUGAAGGUCUGCCUGCCGUCAUCACCACCUGCCUGGCCCUGGGAACGCGACGCAUGGCCAAGAAGAACGCCAUCGUCCGAAGCCUUCCCUCCGUGGAGACCCUGGGUUGCACCUCGGUCAUCUGCUCUGACAAGACCGGGACCCUCACCACCAAUCAGAUGUGUGUGACCAAGAUGUUCAUUAUCGACAAAGUGGACGACGGGAAUGUCACUCUCGGCCAGUUCGACAUCUCCGGCUCCAAAUACACGCCCGAGGGAGAAGUUACCAGGAAAGGUCUGAAUGUCAAGUGCGGCCAGUUUGACGGACUGGUGGAGCUGGCCACCAUCUGCGCUCUUUGCAACGACUCCUCUCUGGACUACAACGAGUCCAAGGGCAUCUACGAGAAGGUGGGCGAGGCCACUGAAACGGCGCUGAGCUGCUUGGUGGAGAAGAUGAACGUGUUCAACACGGAAGUGCGGAGCCUGUCCAAGGUGGAGCGAGCCGACGCCUGCUGCAGCGUUAUCAAGCAGUUGAUGAGGAAGGAGUUCACGCUGGAGUUUUCCAGGGACAGGAAGUCCAUGUCGGUCUACUGCUCUCCCGCCAAGUCCGGCAAAGGCCCGGUGGGGAACAAGAUGUUUGUCAAGGGCGCGCCAGAGGGUGUGAUCGAGCGUUGCACGUACGUCCGCGUAGGCGCCACUCGUCUCCCCCUGACCGGGCCGGUCAAAGAGCACAUCAUGGCCGUCAUCAAGGAGUGGGGCACGGGGCGUGAUACCCUGCGCUGCCUGGCGCUGGCCACGUGCGACUCCCCUCUCAGGAAGGAGGAGAUGAACCUGGAGGAGUCCAGCAGGUUUGCCGACUACGAGACUGACCUGACCUUUGUGGGCUGCGUUGGCAUGCUGGACCCUCCUCGCAAGGAAGUCAUGAGCUCCAUCCAGCUGUGCCGAGCUGCUGGCAUCCGUGUCAUCAUGAUCACCGGGGACAACAAGGGGACCGCGGUGGCAAUCUGCCGCCGCAUCGGUAUCUUCUCCGAGGACGAGGACGUCUCCAGCAAGGCCUUCACCGGCCGCGAGUUCGACGACCUGUCUCUGCACGACCAGAAGAACGCCGUCCGAAAGGCGUGUUGCUUCGCCAGGGUGGAGCCGUCCCACAAGUCGAAAAUCGUGGAGUUCCUCCAAGGCUUCGAUGAGAUCACGGCCAUGACCGGCGACGGUGUGAACGACGCCCCCGCCUUGAAGAAGGCGGAGAUCGGCAUCGCCAUGGGCUCUGGCACCGCCGUUGCCAAGUCGGCCUCUGAGAUGGUCCUGGCCGACGACAACUUCUCUUCCAUCGUCUCGGCCGUGGAGGAGGGCAGAGCCAUCUACAACAACAUGAAGCAGUUCAUCCGCUACCUCAUCUCCUCCAACGUGGGCGAGGUGGUCUGUAUCUUCCUGACUGCGGCCCUGGGUCUGCCCGAGGCGCUGAUCCCGGUCCAGUUGUUGUGGGUCAACCUCGUGACUGAUGGGCUCCCGGCCACCGCUUUGGGCUUCAACCCUCCAGACCUGGACAUCAUGGGCAAAGCCCCUCGAUCCCCCAAAGAGCCCCUGAUCUCUGGCUGGCUCUUCUUCAGAUAUCUGGCCAUCGGAGGUUAUGUUGGUGCAGCGACGGUUGCUGCUGCUGCCUGGUGGUUCUUGUACAGCGAAGACGGCCCACUGGUCACUUUCCAUCAGCUGUCCCACUUCAUGCAGUGCAGCGACGACAACGAGGACUUCAGUGGGAUCCGCUGUGAGGUGUUUGAGGCGUCUCCUCCCAUGACCAUGGCUCUGUCCGUGCUGGUCACCAUCGAGAUGUGCAACGCUCUCAACAGCUUGUCGGAGAACCAGUCCCUGGUGCGCAUGCCGCCUUGGAGCAACUUGUGGCUGGUGGCCGCCAUGACCCUGUCCAUGUCCCUGCACUUCAUGAUCAUCUACGUGGACCCCCUGCCCAUGAUCUUCAAGCUGACUCACUUGACGGUGGAGCAGUGGGUGGUGGUGAUGAAGCUCUCUCUCCCGGUCAUCCUCAUCGACGAGGUCCUCAAGUUUGUGGCUCGCACUUACCUGGAAGGAAAAGUCUGAAGAGGAUGAAAGAACGCCAGCGUGAUCAAAGUCUACCAAAUAUGCAGAAAUGAUAUUGAAAUUGAAAUGUAGGUCAGAGUAUAUCAUUGAAAUGAUUCAAUGUUAGUGUUAGUGUAUAUUUCUUCUCAGUAAUAGUCAUGACUAUCAUCUUGUGCUGCAAUAAAGUUUAUUGUUGGUAAA